AAAGAAACCGCUUCCUUCGUCACAUGAAGCAGCAAAAGCACGUAACGAAGUUCAGACACGUCCGUCCUUUAGAAGAGAGCAGCAGCCGCCGCGAUGGCCUCUUCGUCCUUCUUGUGCUGCCUCGCCCUCUGUGUCAUUGGAUCGGUCGCCGCUGCCCUCGCUCUGCCGCUCGCAGAGCCGCCGCUGAUCCACGACCACCCCUUUGUGGCCAUCUGGAACGCCCCCGUCGACCAGUGCCGCCGGCUCCACAUUCCGCUCGAGACCUCGGCCUUCCAGGCGGUGACCACGCCGGCGGCCGUGCCCCGCCAGUUCCUCACCAUCUUCUAUGAGGACCGCCUCGGUUUGUACCCCAAAGUCGACAUCGCCAAGCACAAGAUCUAUAGAGGUGGCGUCCCCCAAAAUGGAAACCUUAACGAGCAUCUGGCCAAGGCGCAGAGUCAAAUCAACCACUACAUCUCCCAGGAUUCCUUGCCUGGGCUCGCUGUCAUUGACUGGGAGUCCUGGCGCCCCCUGUGGGAACAGAACUGGGCUUCGAAACAGAUCUAUAAGAAGCUGUCCAUCACUCACGCCAUGCAGGUGGCCCCGUUUUUGUCGUCCAGGAGAGUUUCCGCGCUGGCUAAAAUCCAGUUUGAACGCGCCGGGCGGCGUUUCAUGGAGAAGACCAUCAGCCUCGGCAUCGGCGAGCGUCCGAGUCGCCGCUGGGGCUUCUACCUCUUCCCCGACUGCUACAACUAUGGCUGGGAGAAGCCCGACUACACCGGGAAGUGCUCCGCCAAGACCCAGAAGCAGAACAACCAGAUGCUUUGGCUGUGGGAGCGCAGCACCGCCCUCUUCCCCUCCGUCUACCUCCGGCAGGCCAUGAGGAACUCCCCCAAGGCCCCGCUCUUCGUCCGCAACCGAGUCCAGGAGGCCCUGAGGGUGGCCGCGCUGCCUAAACGUCCAUACACCAUGCCGGUCUACGUCUACGCCAGGGCGCUGUACCGGGACCAGAACGAGAACGCACUGACCCAGACGGACCUGGUGAGCACCGUGGGAGAGUCUGCAGCUCUGGGAGCUUCAGGGGUCGUAAUGUGGGGAGGAACCAAAGACUACGACAACAAGGCCGCCUGCGAGUCGCUGUCCGAGUACCUGACGUCCACUUUCAACCCGUACAUCGCCAACGUGACGGCGGCUGCCAUGCUCUGCAGCCAGGUUAUGUGCCAGGGGGGGGGGCGCUGCGUGAGGAAGAGCUACGAUUCUGCCGACUACCUGCACCUGAACCCGGCCCACUUCAGCAUCCUGCGGGUCCGCAAGAAGUUCGUGGCCAUCGGUAUCCCGUCCGCUGCCGACCUGGAGGUCUGGGCCGGGAACUUCACCUGUCAGUGCUACGCGGGGCGGGGUUGCUCCCCCAAACUGUCCCGGCCGACCGGAAUCAUGCACAUCUGGGUUUAACCAGUGCGAGAGCACACUUCCUGCCAAGGCUUACAUUUAAUUACUGCUGUAGCUUUAAUGAGAUGAUGGGCUCGUUUAUUACAUCAGUGAUGCUGUGUUUGUUUAAAACAAGGACAGAUAUUAAGUAAGAAAAUUGUACAUUUUACAAGUCACAUAUUUAAAUGUGUCUUUCCCAUAGUUACAUCCUGAUUUAUUUGAAUUAAAAACCAAGAGCCAACGUUAAUAAAUUAAUGCCUGAAAAUAAA